AUGAGUAAGACGAGUAACUCUAUUUUCCCUGCUCUUGAUGCCCUUUUCUCGUCUCAAUCAGAAAUAGACAGUGGACAAGAUAAAGAUUCUGCGAUCAGACAUGUGCCCGACAACACUGAACGAAUCUUGGAAAACCAAUCUCAAAAAAUUGAUGGUGGUUUCAUUUGGAGCAUCAAUCGCGGGAAAACGCCAACCCAGAACUCACAUGAUCAAAAAUCGACAGAAGAACGAUCGGUUCCCACGAGAUCAGAAUCAAGAAUUGAUAUCAAAUUUAUAACCUUAAGGACAUGGAAAUUGCUCGAAGGUCAACAUUUAGACGCAUCUAAGCCAAUUGAGACCCAAAAUACCAGUUCGUAUAUAGGUAAACAUUGA